UAGACAAAUGCUAAAACAUUGGCGCACGCACACGCGCACAUAUACAGAGCAUACAUCACACAUUGUUCAUAUGGCCUGGACUUCUCUGAACAUAACUAAUACAACACACACACUCACACAUUCUACUGUUGCCUCUCUCUCUCUCUCUUUCUUUCUUUCUUUCUCUCUCUCUCUCUCUCGUUAUGAAUGAGAAUUCUAUUCCACAAGGAACAGCAUGAACAACAACUUUUAACUAAUAUACUGACUGAUUCAGUGUUGUAUUUUCACAACACUAACCCACGUAUUCCUGGUCAUACCUCACUCGCAGCUGAAGAAAUAGUAAAACUAUAUUAGACAACCGUUUGUUGUUGCUGCUGUUAUCGACAUCGUCUACAUCUUUUAUUUUUUUUUUUUUGCUUUUUGUGGGGAAGCUUAUACUUUCAGUCUUUCAACUAUCAUCAUUCUGUGAAGCCAACCAUCGGCACGUUGGUUUCUGUGUGUGUGUGUGUAAGUGUGCGUGUGUGUUACUGUUAUUUAUGUUCGCGGAGAAUAUUUCUUUCCGUCUCUCCUAGGAUAUUAUAUUUGGCUUUGUUUUCCUCUUUUAUCAUACUGGAAUUAAAGAAGAAAAAAUUGGUUGUGUGUGUAUGUGUGUUGCUGUGGUGGAAGAAGAAAAGGCGGCGAACGUGCCAUGUGCAAAAUGUGAUGGUUGGGAACAUGCAACUUUAAGCCCAAAGACUGUUGCAACAACAGCAGCAGCAGCAACAACAUUAACUACAACACUGGCAGCGGCAGCAGCAGCAGCAACGCUGGCAGCUUAUUACGGUCGCACUGUGCCAAACUCGAAAGACAUGAUUCCUGCUUUGUUCUAUAUGGAUUAAAGUUUAGUGAUGGCCACUUGCAAUAAUCUGCAAUGUGUGGAUAAGCAGAGCAUUGAGGGUGAUCCUACCAGUGACAGUGCCAGUGAUAUUUACAAACCACCAUCCAAUUAUUCCACAUAUUCCCAAGAGGUAAAAUAUAUUUUUGAUCCAACAUGCAGUCUUCCUCACCAGGACUAUUCUUACAUAAGAGCUGGCAACAAAAACGGCCGCUUGUCUAGUUCUAUCAAUGGCCAACUAAUGACUACAUCCAGUUAUUGUGCACGAUCUUCUGGGUGCCAUUCCCGGAGUAGUAAUUACCAAAUGGUCUCCUCCCAUUAUCACAGUCUUGAAGAAUGCUACAAACAAGAAACCCGGUCCCCUUUCUCUGCUUUAAAAGUCUCAAAUGUGAGAAACAGCUCUGAAAAUUUAAACUAUAGUCAUCCAAUACGAGUUGACUGCAGAGAUAGCAAAGAUUCUGGACCGCCAAAACUAGCUCCUGUUAGUGGCAUAUUGACAAGAGCACCAGGGAAAGGUCUUGUCCGACCAAUUGCUUUCAAACCAGUAGUAUCCAACCGAUACGUAAAAAGAAGCAAUAGUCAGAGUUACCAUGACCAGAAACAUCCUACGAUGGAUGAUGGAUAUGGGUCACAAGAGUGCAAUUUGCUUAAUCAGAGCUCUGCAAAUGUAUUGCCCAGCUCUCAUCCAACCAACAACAGUGACCCGUCCAGCAGUUUUCCUAGUGAAUUGCGGGCUUCUGACCAUGCAGAUCCUCUCCGAACAUCGAGCGUGAGUCAUUUGUCCAGCAGUCGACUAGGAAACUGUAUAGACACACCUUCUCCUAGUGACAGUGGUGUUGGAGAAUUGGAGGCCAUGUUGAAAGAAAAAGAACAUGAAAUAAUGGCUCUUAGAGAAGUGAUGGAUAAGAAUGAAAGAGCUAUAUUCCAAGUCUAUGAAGAACAAAAGAAUUUAUGGCACAACGAACUUAAGGACCUCAAAGAAGAAUAUGAAAAGCGAAACCAAGUACAACAAAAGAAAUCUGCUAAGUAUGAACAAUCAGUUGGAGUGCAAGUUCAGAUUCUGCAACAAGAAAAGAACAAACUACAAGAGCUUUACAAUGAAUUGUUGAAAGAAAGAGAAAGUUUAUUACAUAAAACUGAAGAGUUAAAAAAACAGUUGGAGUUUACAAAAUGUCAACUAGAAAUAUCUAGAUCUGAGUUGCAGAAAACUACUGAGUUUUCACAGAAAUUAUUGAAAGCGAGUCAUAGAACAAACACUCUAAAGGCUCAAAAGAGAAACAGCAUGGAUAAUUCAGACAAAGCAACUGAUGAGGCUUCUGGGGAAGAAGCCCAUUCACACAGAAUGAGUCUUCUUGCUUGUUCUCAUGCAAAUUAUUCCAUAGAACACUGUGAUGUUGCUUGCCAGACUGAAAAUUUGUCAGACAAUAUGGCUUUUGGCUGUGCUGAUCCGUCUUUGUGUUCAGUAAGGAGCAAACUAAUUGGUGAACUGCAAUGGGAACUACAGCAAUAUAAAGAACAAGUAGGUAUGCACAAGAAAGACUUUGAGCACGAACGAGACCAAUGGCUUGAAGAAAAAAGUAAGGUGAUUCGCUAUCAGAAGCAGUUGCAGCUCAACUACAUCCAAAUGUUUCGUAAAAAUAAAAAUCUUGAGGCAGAAGUUGAGCAGCUGACUCUUGAUCUUGAGAAUAGAGACUUAAAACUUUUAGCCCUAAAUGGUGCUGAAGAGUCUGUUUGCUAGUCACCUUCCAAUUUCAGACUCUUAUCAAAACCAAGUAUUAAAUUUUAGACUGUACGCUUAGUACUUUUUUUAAUUUCACAUUCUAUGCACUUUGCUGCUUCUGAUGCUCCUGUUUUCAUUUUUUUUUUCUUUGUCAUCUAAGAUUUACAAGAUAAGGAUAAUCCCUAUAAGGAUUAUCUAGUCACUAUGAUUAUCAUUAUCUUUACUUAAAAUUAUUAAUAUUAUUAUUAUUAUUAUUGUUAUUGGAGAGACACAAUAUCCAAUCAUGUGUUCAUAUCCCACAGUAGGCAUUGUCUUGUGUCCCUGGGCAAGACACUUAACUCCACUUGCCUAAGACUUCAUGCCUGAUUAAGAAAUUGUUAUUGUUAUUAUCUAUUUUUUUUACUAAAAAAAACACGACAGAAAAAUCAAAGUAAAUAAUUAUUUAACAUAUUCUAUAUCAGAUUUUAUUAUUCAUUAUUUAUUUUUAUCACUUUUAAGUAAUUAUUUUUAUGAUAUAUUGGUCUUUCCCCCAGAAUCACUCCAUCCCUUCAUUUUUCUGCCUCUUCACUCUUUAGAAUGAGCAGCAACCAUUUAAGCAUGUUUCAUGCCUAUCAAACAAACUUGUUGAAUUAAGUUACAAAUUUAUCUAAGCAGAAUUGUCAAAUCCAUUUACAUGAAUCCUUAGCCACCAUGUUCGGUUUUUGUUUCUCUUUCAAAUCUGAUAUGUUUAUUAUUCCUUUCUGUAGAAACAAAUCUAGGUUAGAGAAUUAAUAGAUGUAAAAAGUAAAGAUAGGAGUAAAUAGCUGAAUGUAUUCAUAAUGAUGCUGUUGCUGCUAUUGAUGAUAACAUUUCUUGUGUGUGCAUGAAGCUGCUCAAUUUUAAAUAAGGAAAGAAAAUGAGAAAAUAGAACUCUCAUGCAUUCUAACAAUAUUAGCAAUCUAAAAAAAUGUAACUGAAUCAGAUCCACAAAGAAUCAUAUUCUGGAUGUAAGAGCUGACCAUAACACUGUACUGCCUGUUGCCAAUCAUCAUAUUGAUUUCUAAGACAGGCACAAAACCUGAAGUGUGAAAAGAGGAGCAUUGUCUGAUUAUUUCAGUUGAAGUACUUGACUGAAACUUAUUUUAUUAACCUCGGAGGUUUAAAUGGUGAAAUCGGCCUUAGCAAGAUUUGAACUGAAAAUGUAAAGAAUCAUAACUAAAUAUUGCAAGGCAUUUUAUCGUAAUCAUGAUAUUAAUAAUAUUAAACAAAAAUGAUAAUAAUAAGGUCUUUAAUUUCUACAAGACUUAUGAAAAAGAAAACAUCAGAACAUAAGACAUGGGAUAUGAUGGUUACGUUGAAUAUAAAUUAUAAAAAUAUAAAAACUAUAGAAUAAAGUUAAGAUUAUAAUAAUAACUAAAUUUAUACUUUGUUAUUUUCUUUCUGUAGAUGAAAACAUACAUAGCUCUAUCAUCAGUGUGAUAGAUAUUAUACAAUUCCUUCAUAUAGUAAAGCAAUUUUCAACGUUGCUCAACAUUAGCUCGUCAAAUGGUUAGUGUUUUCUUCAUGAGAUAUUAGUUAAUUCACCUUUAAUUAACUCGGUAGAUCUUUAAUGGGAGCCUUAAUGAUUGCUUCAGUAAUUCAGACCCUCCACUGUUACUAGAUCUAAAUCAAUUUUUGCCAUCAAAUAUGGUUGAUUGCAAUUGGUGAUCAAAUCAAGGCUUUCCCGAUCUGCCUCUUUGGUGACCGUCCUUUUAACUAACCCUUUCAAUGUAGUUUUUCCACAGAGAUUUGUGUUACUUGUCCAUAAAAUUUGUGCUUGUGCCACUUGAACAUUUUUCAAGUCUGAGUUCAGUUCCUAAUUUCUUGCAACUGUAGUGACUUGCCUGUAAGCAUUUGCAUUUCUUAUAAGCAAUUCUAUAAAAAAAAAAAACAGAAAAAGAAAAUCAUCUGUAACAGUUGAUAAACCUGUUCAGUGUCCAGUUGUUAGACAUUAGAAUGGA